CAGAGAAUCGCCAUGACCUAUCAUUCAGAAAGUUUCUCAAAAAUUAAUUUCUAUACCUUCUUAGUACCCAUAACAUGAGCAACGAUAUGUUCAAUAGAUUCAACCGGUUCUGAAAUUCCAUCAUUUUCAAAAUUUCGACUCCAAUGAUCCAAUAAAUGACCGAUAGUACGAUUAUGAACACUGCUGCUCCUACAGAAGUUCUUCACUCUCGCCGCAGGCAUAAUAUUCACUCUCAGAAAAUUGUCUUCACGGUGGAAAAUGAAAAUACGCAGAACACGCAGAACAGCGCAGUCAAUCAUUUCUCACAGCCGCAGCAGUGUGGCGCUGUGCAUGACGCAGUCGCAGAAUGUCAAGAUAUAAAAAUAUAAGUUACGUACAGUCGGUUCACAAGCAAAUUAGCUCUAGCGAUAGAUAAAAAAAAAUACAAAACUUCGGGACUAGUUCCUAGCACAAAGCACGUGUUCCUAUCUCUCUCUGAGUUAUUUUACUCAUGGAUCGACUAUAUAUAAUUGUAGGAGGAACAGCAAAUCGUUAGAUCUAUAGUAAAGAGCUUCCGGUAGCAGCAUUGACGCAAGUGCCUUUACCAGUGUUUACUAAAUUAAUUGUAUCGUUAAGAAGUUUCUUAAUUAGUUUACUGCUAGUAUCAAUGGGUUGGUUAUUGCCUAUCUGAACAUGGUUCGGACAUGGGAAUUAAUAGAAAUCAAACGAAUAGAGCCAUCUUCAGAUGAUUGCAAUAUUUCUGAGUACCUGCAUAUAUUACAUACUAUAGAUAUGCUGCUACUACAUACUGCUUCGAAAAAAUGGAUUCCACUUUCUGGAUAAACAUCCACUGAAAGAGACACGUGUCAUACCGACGAAUCAGAACGCUAUACAAAAGGCAUAUGAAUUUACAGAAAGAAGCGUUUAUUUAUCAAUACUAUCUGAUAAUCAUAUUGAUAAAUCUACAAUUGUUUGGACUUUUUUACGUAACAUUUUGGGCUGCUGCGUAAUCAGUUUACGAGGAAAGUUUGAGACGCACGCGUCGAUAAUAUAUUGAGGACAUUCUGUAAUUCACUACCAGCGCCGCAAGCACUGUGGCAGUAUAGUACUUGUAUGUAUUAUUGCAUAUACAUAUACACAGAGAGAGCGGAGAAAGCAGAGAAGGUUUAGAAAGAUAAGUAGGUCUUGGAAUGUCGUGAAGGAGGAGAAAAAAUACAGUAUUCGAAUGGUGGAAUGUAUAAAUGAACGAGUAGCCGGGCAAAGAAGGACGAAGAAAGCGAACUAGAAGAAGGGAGAAAAAACGAGGAGUAGGAUUUACUGAGUUUUGAGGCUCUCGAUUAUUUAGUUGAGCAAGAGGCUUCCGUUUGUUCGGUCGAUUGAUGCUUCAACGGUCGUAUACGAACAGAAUUGCGUACCUAGGACGGCGAAAGAUUAAAAACAUGUUGUUACUUUUUGGUUCGACUUGUGCGCUCGUUGCUGGCAUCCUCAUAUAUACAAAAUCCCGAAAAAAUUGGCCGCUGGUUUUCCAUGAGAUUCUCUAUGAGAUCAAAUACAAUGUUCUUGGAUCCAAAGGACUUAUUAUUGACAGACUGGAAGCGCGUUACAACAAGACUGAUAUGCCAAGAAAGACUGGUAAAAUUGCCAUUGUUACUGGAGGAUCACGGGGAAUUGGUGCAACCGUUGUAAAAAUGUUACUACAAUGUGACAUGGAAGUAAUUAUUGCUUGUCGAGCACCUGCAGCGGGUGAAAAGGCGAUUAGAGAAAUUCGAAAAUCUGGCGUUAAUGAUGGAAUUGCAAAGGUUUACGAGUUGGAUAAUGCGGAUUUGAAUUCCGUGCGCAGAUUCGCAGACUGUAUCAAGAGAGAUUACAGCCGAAUCGACGUACUUGUAAAUAAUGCUGGGAUCAUGUUUACACCUUAUGCUGAAACAAAGGAUGGCUUCGAGCAACAAUGGGCGAUCAAUUACUUGUCACAUUUCUUAUUGACAUCGUUAUUGUUACCUUUAUUAAAAAAUGGCGGUUCACCAUCGGAAUGCGCCAGAGUUGUUAACGUAUCGUCGUGCGCUCACCUUGUGGGCAUCAUCAAUUUCGAGAACAUCAAUUACAAGGAACAGUUCAUCACAUCCGCCGCUUAUGCUCAGAGUAAAUUGGCUCAGGUGAUGUUCACAAAAUCGCUUCAACAACUUUUUACCGAGAAACAACUACACAUUAAAACUUAUGCCGUCCAUCCUGGAAUAGUUAAUACCGAUCUGUUCAAUGACACUCUCCUAAGCAAGUAUUUCAAAUGGUUGCUGCCUCUAAUAUUUAAGACUCCUACCGAAGGAGCAACACCAAUCGUUUAUGCAGCUGUAAGUAAAUCUGUCGAAGAAAGAGGUGGAAUCUAUAUAAGUAAUUGCAAGGAAAGUCCUGUAAAUCCAUUAGUCUCAGAUGCAUCAAUUUUAGAUCGUCUCUUUGAACUCUCCUUAAAACAAGUCAGGUUAAAUGACUUUUUUCAAGAGUUAUAAAUGUCUUUUGUAGUGGCGUCAUCAAAAUUGAAACUGCUGACUGUAUUUAUUUCCAUUAAAGUAUUUCAUUACUGCUCUUAUGAAUGGUAGAGCAUAUUGUUAGGUCAGCAAUUCUAUGGCAGGCAUACCGUGUAAAGCAGUCUGUGUUAACUAUAUUUGUCUUGCUACAUUUUGUAAAAAUAAAUACUAUGAUAGAUAAUUAA